UAUAAAAUGAUUCUGGCUGCUUCUUUUUUGCCUUAUGCUGCUGUGUCAUCUCUUGUAAGGUUAAACGAAACCGGCUAGACUCAACUGUCCCGCAACCAGCUCUUGAUCCUGCCGCAAGCUUGACCUUGACUCGAACUUCUUACGACAUCCUUCACUCCAACACCAACCUCCUCCAUUUCUGCCUUUGACUUCUUGUCGCAUUCCUUUCUGUACAGAGUCGAGGGUAUUUGCUUGCCUUCUUGCAAACUUCAUUGACUGUUCUUCGACCCCAUUUUGCAAUCCGCAACAGACGGACCUACAUUCAUUACAACCUCACAACAUCCAAACACUAGAUAGCGUCAUUGUCCGACUACCGCAAGUAGAAUACAAACAACACUUCUUACCAACACAUAUUCUAUUCUUCCUCCCCCUUUCGUGCCUCAUAACAUUCAUGAUGCGACGCGCUUCAGACGACCUCAGCGACCCGGAUCGCAACCUGGCCGAGUCAACAGGUCAUCCAGCGCCAGACAUCCCCGAAGAUGGCGACUUGGACUUGAUUACAGAAGAAUCGAACGACCUUCGAAUACACACUCCCCCUCCUCGAAUCGCAGCGCGCUUCUACCGUCCCUCGACAAACCGCCGCAAGUCUUCCGCCGCGUCCUCCCGCCGCAAUUCAAUCUCGUCAGCACAUUCGCAUCAGUCGCAUAACUCGGCCCGCCCUGGCGGGGUACAGAGUAAUUAUAUCGCACAGCACCUGCGUCGUGCUUCUAUUAUCGAAGACCGGAAAGCGAGGUUGGCGGAUCGAGCAGCACAUGCGGAGAAGGUCAGACUGAGGGCUGCUCUUGCGAAGGCGGCCCCGAGAAGCACUACAAACAGUGAAGAGCGGGCAUUGGCUGCGCAACAGGCUCGAGAGAAGAACCUUGCGGAAAUCGUGGCAGCAUGUGCCGAAGAAGUAAAGAGAGCGAAGGGGAUUGCGGAGAGCAUGAAGGAGAAGAGAGAGGCUGAUGGGAAGAAGCUCCGGAGAGAAAUGGAAGAGAAGCUUGCUGAGGCCGAGCGAAGAAGAGAAGAAAUCUUACAGAGGAAUAACAAGAGAGGACGGUCCUUGAGUCAGCCUAGGAAGAGCAGUUCGCCGAUGCCAGCCAUUCGUGAAACCAUCAGCGAGGCGACUGCCGCUUCUCGUAUUCAGCAGAAGUGGAGGAUACACCAAAAGUGGAAGGCUUUGAAGGAUUUUGCUGCGCUGGGUCUCACAAUUGACAGCGUCCGUGAAAUCUCGUUCGAGGCCGUGGUUGAUCUACUGGCUCAAGAAAGAGUCCUAGUGUCUACCGCCCAAAUUCUCCGAAUCUGCGGUCUGAAAGAGGGGGAGACUGGCUCGGUCAAUGAGAUGACAGCUGUCCGGACUUUCCUCAGUGCAUUUCUUAUUCUUGGACACCCGACCCAAGUCCUCAGUAGUAAAGGGGACAAUGGGGAGCAGCAGCAGGACCUUGUAGCCAAGGCCCGGGAUUUGCUCAUUUCUUUUGAGAAUGUCUUGUCAAGGUUGAAUGCCGCGAACAAUUAUACUCCUCCUCCGGGACAGCUUUCCAGCCUGUCAGAAGUAUACGCUGCUUUCUUCAACGCGUUUAUUGCAUGGAAAGCUCGAGACUCGAGCACUCUCAUCGAUAUGAUGGUGCUACAGUUUGUUGAGCUAGACUCAAUAUGGCAGUCUGUCAAGGACAGUACUGAGGAGGCCGUCACCGAUUCAUACCGCGAUGGCAUUCGAGAGAACCAGCUUAAGCUCAUGGUCAGGAUCAAACGACUUGCCGGUGCACAAGAAGGGAAGAAGUUGAUCACAAAUGCAAUUCGAGAAGCCCGAAAGGCGAGAGUCAUAAAGAAGCCUACUGGAGAUUCUCGUCCUCGAGCAGCCGGUUCACCACCGACUGAUGCACCAGCUCUCGUGGAUCUUACCGCAACCAAGCAAACCGUCACAUCUCAUCUGCAGACAUUAACGCCACCAGCUACACCACGCAAAUCGCAACAUUCUCAUGCCGACGAGCUUCGCAUUGCUAGACCUUUACUACCACCAAACAGAAUCGUCACCCAUGAAAUCGCCAUCAAUCGCGAGUAUCGUAUUGAGGAAGAGGCACUUGAGGAGAAAAGUGCUAUCAUGCAAACUGUGUUCAACAGCAUGCGCCAAGAUGUGGCUGCAGGGAAUAGCGAUCCCUGGAUUCUUGCUAUGGCCGAAAACAUCAGAUCUCGCUUACAGCAGCUCUUGAAAGAAGGCAACUCGAUGCAUACACUGAUUGGUGAAGCUUUGGACAACGACGUAGUGGCUCGUGAGCUUCAAGGUGGCUCUUUUUCUUAUGAGAAGUUCUUCUCCUUCAUGGCUGGUCUCCUGCCUCGCCUAUGUGCCCCUUUCAGAGACGAAGAGAUCAAAGAUAUCGUGGAGAAUAAGAUGCAAACUGGUGAUGUGGUCGACCGGCUACAAGCCUUGAUGCACGGAAUUGAGCUCAUGCAACUCGAUUAUGCCAACUUUAUGCUUCAACAAGCAUCAUCUACACUCGUCAAGAAUGCUGUAGGAUACGAAACAGCUUCGUUUGGGCAGUUCUUGGAAGAGACGUCGAGCGAACUGUUAGCAACUGAGAUCGCAUGGCGAGAAGCCAGAACGAAAGUUCUGGCUGAAGCAGCAAGACGAGAUCCGGAGAAUGUCAAUCUGGUGAGAAGCAGACCAACACCGGAAAAGAUCUACACACAAAUGCUGGUAGACGUCUUCACAUCCCUCGACACAACUAUUGCGAUUCCGGAAACUUUGCUGCUCGAUUCCAAGCGCAUCACUCGAAUUAGAACAGAUCUUCUCCGUAUUGUCACCGCCGGCGCCAUCUUGCUUCAAUGCAAGAACCUCCUCAAGCGCGAUGUCCGUAGCCAGUGGAAGGUGGAAGCGAACCGAGUCAUCACCGUCCUGGAAAAUUCCAAGAGUCCAGAGCAAGCGGGUCAGGGCAUCCAGGCCGCUCUUGAGUCCUCACGGUCCAUGCCUGCGGCAACCAAGAAUCACAUUAGAGAGCUCGUAUCUCGUAUUGUAACAGCUUCUGCUUCGAUUUCCACUGGCACAACAGAAUUACGGGAUCCGGUCAUGAGACUUCUGAUGACUAGACUUCGUGGACAUAUCUUUGCACGCCUGGCAGCGACUACGGAGAAAGAGAAGGUCAAGAGCGCAAGUACAGCCAGCGAAGACCUUGCUGGAAAGGGAUUACCUGAAUUUGUGCACAAAGUCGGAGCAAUCGUGGAGGAGGUUUCCAAAGUUGGAAGUCUGGAUCGCGAGAGUCAUGGCGUUUGGUACGAAGUCGUCGCUAAGAAAGUCGAGGAGAAUGAGACGAGCGCAAGUGUCUAAAUGAGUGCGUGGUACGAUAUGGGUAUUUCAUAUUCUUGAAUGUCCUCUGAUGGCUUGGGACUUUGGCUUCGGCAUUCUUUUACUGGGCAUGGCGU